AUGAGUUGUAACGGUUGUCGUGUCCUUAGAAAGGGUUGUAGUGAGUCUUGUAUCUUACGCCCUUGUAUUCAAUGGAUCGAUACUCCUGAAUCACAAGGCUAUGCCACUGUCUUUGUAGCCAAGUUUUUCGGUCGUGCUGACCUUAUGUCUUUCAUUUCAAACGUCCCUCAACCACAAAGACCCGCUUUGUUUCAAUCUCUGUUGUUUGAAGCGUGUGGACGGACGGUUAACCCCGUUAACGGUGCUGUAGGGCUUUUAUGGACAGGAAACUGGCACGUCUGUCAAGCGGCAGUUGAAACCGUUCUCCGCGGCGGAACCCUUGGGCCUAUACCUGACCUUCUCGGUUUAGACGACCCAUCCGAAGGGGAAGUCACGUGUAAGGAAUCUCGGAAGAUCCGAGAUCCGAACUCGAAUUUCCGGUUUGUGAGUUCCGGUGGAAAACGUAAGCGAUCGGGUGAAGCUGCGACGACUGAUCUUAAUCUCCGGUUGACGCCGUGUUUUCUUCAGAACGCGUUGACCAACCGGAGAGAGGUUCGCCGGCAGGGGACACCGUCGUUGAAUUCUGAGGAAUCUGUGACGACGACGACGUGUUUGGAGAGUAGGAACGGAAAUGAGUACGUUCACGACGGAGACCGGAAAGUUCUAAACUUUUUUGUUUGA